GGGCCGUUUAAUACUACCAACAAAUACGACACAUUAGUGUCAUUUCACCAUGGAGCCGUUGCAAUUGGGGCGCAUGGGGGUGCGGCGUUUCCACCUUGGCACAGGGUUUUCUUGCUUAUGUUUGAAAUUGCAUUGAAGCAACACAUACCAGGAGUGUCGUUACUAUUUUGGGAUUCAACCAUUGAACAAGGUAUACCAACUCCUCAUUUGUCCAGUAUUUGGGGUCCUACUUUCCUUGGAAAUGGAGAUGGUAACGUAACAACGGGACCCUUUGCUAAUUGGGAUGCAACGGAUGGUAGAAAACUUACACGUGCCGUGCAAAACUUUCCGCAUCAGCUCACAACACCAGCUGAUAUACAGGCGAUUUUGAAUAAAACUAGGUACGAGGAGAUAGCCUGUGGUUCAUUUGAAUGUAUGCUGUUUGAGGAAGUACAUAAUAAGGCCCAUAACUAUAUAUUUGGACAAAUGGGGGAUCUUUUUUUCUCGCCUAAUGAUCCCACUUUCUGGUUACAUCACGCCUUCUUUGAUUGCUUAUGGGAAGAGUUUAGACAGAAUAGCCAGGUAACGAAUAUUAGUACUGAAUACCCGAGUAACUUUGGCCAACCUCCACAUCAUCCUCAAGCGCUGAUGCAGCCAUUUAGCGACUGGGUCUCGCCAAUACGCAACAUUGAAGGAUUGAGCACGCUCAUUGCGUCAACGUAUUAUACAUGUGACAAACGUCCAGCUUGUCCUCAUUGUGGCAAUUCGGCAUAUUUGUAUUGUGAUACAAAAGACAACCGCUGUAAGCCAUUCCUAAGUUCAAAUAGCAGUGGGGAAGGAACUUCUUUCAUUCCCGCGGUAAUAUACUGCGACAAACCCAUACGUGGUAACAAAAAUUAUGGGGUGAACGGAGUCUAUCUCGAGACGUAUGGUGUCAGUUAUAAAGGAAGAGACCAGGCCUACUACUUUGGUGAUUAUUACAAUUAUCAUAAUAUACCACGAUCUUCUGGCUCAUAUCGACCAAAGUAUGCUGGUUAUUUUCCAACUCGUCGCCCAAAAGCAGGAGAACGUGAACGAUACAAACCUGUUGCAUAUACAGGAGAUGGACGUCCAUGCAAAGUAGAAUGCUUCAAAAGAGAAAUAGUUGGGAUUUCAAUAUACGGUCCUUGUCCAUCAAGCAUCUACAUAAACGAUCGUGGUGCAAGGUCAUCUAAACGGGAAACAUGGGCAAAGAAGCGACAAGCAGGUGUCUUAGCUCCUUUUAUAGAUGCAAUUGGGAAAAUAUACGCAUCAUUUAAGUCAUCCUCUUUUGGCCUCUCAGGCCGGCGUCCUGCUGAGUACUUCCGGGUCAAAUGUCCAUGUGAAGUUCAACAAUAUACAUACUGCCCAACUUAUAUACCAUCUGGAAAAGGCUGCAAAUGGAGUCCAUGGCAAACUUGGGAGUACACACAGUGUUCAGUGUCAUGUGGAACUGGUACAAGGACUAAAUCACACACUAGGACUAAACGAUAUAGCAGUGAAUAUACAGGCAACUGUGACGGUAGCUCAGAAGAGAGUUUUACUGAAAGCUGUUCAGACAAACCUUGUGUUGGCUGCAAAUGGAGUCCAUGGCAAACUUGGGAGUACACACAGUGUUCAGUGUUAUGUGGAACUGGUACAAGGACUAAAUCACACACUAGGACUAAACUUUAUAGCAGUGAAUAUACAGGCAGCUGUGACGGUAGCUCAGAAGAGAGUUUUACUGAAAGCUGUUCAGACAGGCCUUGUGUUGGUUGCAGAUGGAACCGUUGGAGUUCGUGGAAAUACACAGAGUGUUCUGUUACAUGUGGGAGUGGUACUAGGACGAAAUCACACACCAGGACGGAACGAUAUAGCAGUGAAUAUGCGGGCAGCUGUGAGGGUAGCUCAGAAGAGAGUUUUACUGAACAUUGUUACGACCAACCAUGCGUCG